AUGGAGACCAUCAAGAACGCUGCCAACUACGUCUCGGAGUCCGUUCAGGGCACUGGUGCCGAGGCCUCCAAGGAGGCGAACAAGAACGUCGCCAAGGAUUCCGGAGCCAACGUCAGCACUCGCGCCAGCGCGGCAAAGGAUGCUAUCUUCGACAAGAAGGACGAGAAGUCCCACGACGUCAAGGCUGAUGUUCACAAGGAGGCUGCCAAGCACUAA